UCUGCGCUGCCUGCGAAGCUCUGCAGCACGGAGCCAGCGAGGGAGGGAGAUCCAGGAAUCCGCAGCAGAAACCAUGACAUCCUGAGACACCCUGUGGUGCCAACCUUCAAACUCUCAUCUGUCACUCUAGACCCUGACGGGCUGGCAGAGCGGCAGAAUUUCAACCCCAGUACACUUGAAUGGGCUUCCAGGCAAAGCAGUCAAGCUAACGAGGAAGGGGGGUGGAAGAGCUCCUCUUGGGCGUUUGUCAAACUUUUACCUCCUGGCUGUGUGCAAAGAGGGGAUUCAACUUCAGCUUCAAGCUACCCAGGCUCUGGAUCCAGCCACCUCUCAGCAGGUCUAGCCAGCAUGAAGGCCGUGCUUCUCCUCCUGUAUGCCUUGGGGAUCGCUGCUGCAGUCCCGACAACGUUUCUCUCUGAUCAUUCCAACCCAACUUCCGCAACACUGCCGACACUGGAAGAUGCUACAGUCCCCACUGUCCCAGCUGAAGCUGCAGCAGACAUAGAAAAGCACCCCAACGAUAAGGCUGAAAAACCUUCAGCACUGAACUCAGAAGAGGAAGCCCAUGAACAGUCGACAGAGCAGGACAAAACCUACAGCUUCGAGGUGGACCUGAAGGAUGAGGAGGAUGGGGAUGGGGAUUUAAGUGUAGAUCCGACGGAAAGAACGCUAGAUCUACAGGAAGGGACAAGCGAACCGCAGCAGAAAAGGCUCCCGGAGAACGCCGGUUUCCCUGCUACUGUGUCCACUCCCUUUGUGGAUUCUGACCAACCUGCAAAUAUCACAAAGGGAGAGGAGAGUCAGGAGCAACCUGUAAGUGACUCGCACCAGCAACAGGACGAGAGCGGCAAGCAGACCCAAGACUCGAUGACUGAAGAAAGCCACAAACAAGAUCCGGGUAUUCCCAAUGAAGAAAAGGAAGAAGAGGAAGAUCCAGAAGACGUUGGUGCACCCAGUGAUAACCAAGAGGAAGAAAAAGAACCACCCGAGGAGCAGCCUACCAGCAAGUGGGAAGGAAACGGAGACCAAUCUGAAGACAUCUUACAAGAGUCCAGUCAGCCAACUCAGAUAAGCAAGACAAAGAAUGAUUUCGAGCAAGGAAGCCAAGGGCAAGAGGGUGACUCUAAUGCAGAAGGGGAGGACAAGGCAGCAGGCAGCAAGGAACACCUUCCGCAUACGGAGUGGCAGGGCCAAGAAGGGAGAGCUGGCCUUGACGCUAUUGGCAACCGGAAGGACACAGAUGAAGAAAAGGCUGUUUCCACGGAACCUACCGAUGCUGCCGUCGUGCCUAGGAACCACGGAGCCAGUGAUAACGGGGGCGGGGAUGACUCUAAGCAUGGUGCAAGCGAUGACUACUUCAUCCCCAGCCAGGAAUUCCUAGAGGCUGAAAGAAUGCAUUCCCUCUCCUAUUACCUCAAAUACGGAGAGGAGACGCCGGACGAGAGCGAGAACCGAAGUGAGGCUGGAGACAACCAAGGGGCCAAGAAAGCUGAGAGCUCACCAAAUGCUGAACCGUCCGAUGAGGGCAACUCAAGGGGGCACAGUGCUGAUUCUUGCAUGAACUUCCAGUGUAAAAGGGGACACACUUGCAAAACGGAUCAACACGGAAAACCCCACUGUGUUUGCCAAGAUCCAGAGACGUGUCCCCCUGCAAAAAUCCUCGACCAAGCUUGUGGCACUGACAACCAGACCUACGCCAGCUCCUGUCACCUGUUUGCUACCAAGUGCAUGCUGGAAGGGACCAAAAAGGGACACCAGCUGCAGUUGGAUUACUUUGGAGCUUGCAAAUCUAUUCCUGCUUGUACGGACUUCGAAGUGGCUCAGUUUCCGCUGCGGAUGAGAGACUGGCUCAAAAACAUCCUCAUGCAGCUUUACGAACCAAACCCCAAACAUGGCGGCUACCUAAAUGAAAAGCAAAGAAGCAAAGUCAAGAAAAUUUACCUGGAUGAAAAGAGACUCUUGGCUGGAGACCACCCCAUUGAACUUCUCUUAAGGGACUUCAAGAAAAACUACCACAUGUAUGUGUAUCCUGUGCACUGGCAGUUUAACGAAUUGGAUCAGCAUCCUGCGGACAGGAUCUUGACACAUUCUGAACUUGCGCCUCUGCGAGCUUCCCUGGUGCCCAUGGAGCACUGCAUAACGCGCUUCUUUGAGGAGUGUGACCCCAACAAGGACAAGCAUAUCACCUUGAAGGAAUGGGGCCACUGCUUUGGAAUUAAAGAAGAAGACAUAGAUGAAAACCUCCUCUUUUGAAUUAAGACUCGAGAGAAUCGAAACUUUCCAUCAGCCCUGCUUGCUUUAACCACUUCCGCGUAGGAGCCGCCAUGACACUCUACAUUCCUAUGUAGCAAAACGUGUUUGCAUGUAAGAGAAGACAAUGAUAGUAAUUGCUUCUUAGAAAUAUAUAUAUAUUAACUUAGUAAAUAAAACUUUAAAAUUAAGUAGAGUCGAUGUCUAAAAGACUGUCCUGCCUGGGGACAGUUACCCAUGGUAAUGUCACCCUGUGCAUCUGCGUUUGUAAUUGAUAAUUACAAACUAUUAAAAACAGCGUUUGUACUGUCCAUGACACCUGAUGCAUGCUAAGGAAGUGGGAUAUUGUUCUUUCGAGAUUAAUAUACCUUAUUGUCAGUAUCCUGAUGUCCUAAUAAAAAGUCUAUGAAACCUCA